GCAACUUCCUGCUUCCGAGGCUAUAUAAGCGCCGCUUCCGGCGCCCGGCUGGUUCGUGGCGGGGCGGCUGCGCUUUGGCCGGGGGGAUCGCGAUGAGCGUCCCAGGGUUAAGCCGGAAGAAGUCCGGUGCUUUCCUCAAAGCCUUGAAGGCAGAGCCUCGCUACCUCCUGGCCCAGAAUGUGGCUACUUCUACAGACCUCCUGGAUGGAACCCUUGACCGGGAGGUGGUGCAAAACACACUGCAAGUCUUUCAGCACGCGGUGCGGGCCGAAGGCAAGCCGGUCACUAACCAAAAGAAUUCAGGACGCUGCUGGAUCUUCUCCUGCUUGAAUGUGAUGCGCCUGCCGUUCAUGAAGAAGCUCAACAUUGAGGAGUUUGAGUUCAGCCAGUCCUACCUUUUCUUUUGGGACAAGAUUGAGCGCAGUUACUACUUCCUGCACGCGUUUAUCGAAACUGCUCACGAGCCCGUCGACGGGCGAUUGGUGCAGUUCCUUCUCACCAACCCCUGCAAUGAUGGCGGCCAGUGGGACAUGCUCGUGAACAUCGUCGAAAAGUACGGCGUUGUUCCCAAGAAGGUUUUCCCCGAAUCAAAUACCUCGGAGGCCUCCAGACGGAUGAACGAGAUUCUGAACAACAAGAUGCGGGAGUACUGCCUACGGCUCAGAAACAUGGUGGAGACAGGGUGCGGCGAGGAGGAGCUUUCUGCCGCAGUGGACACCAUGAUAGAGGAGGUCUUCCGAGUGGUCAGCAUCUGUCUGGGGAGCCCGCCCACCACCUUCUGCUGGGAGUAUUACGACAAGGAGAAGAACUACCACAAGGUCGGGCCGGCCACCCCUGUGCAGUUCUACCAGGACCACGUCAAGCCAGUCUUUGACAUGGAGAGCAAGGUGUGCCUGGUGAACGAUCCUCGGCCCCGAAACAAAUACAGCCAGCUCUACACGGUGGAGUAUCUGGGCAACAUGGUCGGUGGGAGGAGGACCCUUUACAACAACCAGCCAGUCGAGCUCCUGAAAAAGAUGGCGGCGGCAUCCAUUCAGGAUGGAGAGGCCGUGUGGUUUGGCUGUGAUGUUGGAAAAUGUUUUAAUAGCAAGCUGGGCAUCAAUGAUUUGAAGAUAUACAAUCACGAGCUGAUGUUUGGAGUGUCAGUCAAGAAUCUGAAGAAAGAUGAGAGGCUCAUUUUUGGGGACUCUAUGAUGACGCAUGCCAUGGUCAUUACUGCCUUCACAAAGAAAGAAGACCCAGACGAGGGCUAUCAGAAGUGGCGCGUGGAGAAUUCGUGGGGUGAAGACCGUGGGAAUAAAGGCUACCUCAUCAUGACGGACGACUGGUUCUCCGAGUUCGUGUACGAAGUGGUGGUCGACCAGAAGCACGUGCCGGAGGAUGUCUUGGCGGUCUUGCGGCAGGAGCCCUUUUGUCUGCCCGCGUGGGAUCCCAUGGGGGCGCUGGCCGACUGAGUGGUUGGGAGAAGGGGGGAUCGCCCCCCUCCUUCUGGUCAGCCCCACAGCCAGCUGGGGGGCCGGGGGGCCAGGAGCUGCAGCCAAGCCGUCCCCAGGGCCGCAUCCCCGGCCGGAGGGGCUCACGUUCAGCAGCGGGCCUCGGGCCUUUGGAAGAAGCCGUCCUGCCCUGUCUGGGCGCCUGCGUUGGCGUGCGUGCUUUUUGUUGUAACACAGUACGGCCCUUCUUUUAAAAUUGCUUUUAAAACUCGUAUUAAUGCACUCAUUUUAAACUUUGGAAGUAAUUAUUUUGAACAAGCUGUAAAAAAAUUUGGAUAUGGAGUAUGGUUUUGGUGUGACUUUCUCUAGCAUAAGUGGAGCAUGGUACCAUCGUAUUGAGAUGGACUGCUUUUCGGCGCCCCCCCAACCCCCCCCCCCAAGCUGCUUGCCUGCUGGCUGGCCGAAGGAUACGAAUAGGGGUGAUGCUCAUCUGUUUCCCAUCCACCUGUCCAUCUUUUGCAACCAGAUGCAGCUCUGGCCUUCCAUGACCCGAUGGCCUUCGGAUUUCUUGCUGAGAGCCCACCUUAUCUGCAGGUUGCAGAAUAGGGUUUCGAUUGGCUGAUUUUUGCCUUCUGUUCAGCAGAAUUCCUGUUGGUGGGAUCUCCCCUUCCAGCAGGGAGGCACUGCAAACAAUUGUUAAAUGGGUUGGCAAAGGUCCCCAGCGAAAGGAAAACACAGGAAAAAAAAUGCAUUUCAUGUGAAUGCCCUCAACAACUCUAUGGUGCUAUGAAGUAUUUUAAUUAAAACACUUGGCCGAAUGA